AAUCGUACGAUUCUCACUUUCUAACCGUAUACACAAACAAAUAUUACUUAAAAUAUUGCAGUUUUUUUCCCUCGAGCGCAUAAUCGAAACGUUCAAAAAAUGGAAAUAUCCCAGCCGCGAGGCUCGUUAACACGCAAAUAGUAAGCGCAGACUGCGCACAAAGGACGGCCUGUUACGCAAUCGAAUAGCGACAUUGGUGACAAUCAUCGAAUUACCUACGAUGCACGAUCAACCGUAGUUUCGCUAGCUCGACGACAACCGGCCCUGCAAAUCCAUCGGAUCGAAAUCGAAAGCGAAAGCGGCCCGUGUUUAACACGAUCGAAUCGCGAUUAAUUAUCGGUCGGAUUAAAGAGAGAAAAGAAACGUUUCAAAUCGAAUCUUUUUUAAUGCGAUAACUCCCAUACCUCGGUUGGCAAACAACUUCGAGGCGACUUCCCUUUAAUUGUCGUGGAACGAGUCAGGGAAGAAGCAAUCACGAAGAACGAAGAAGAACGAAGCAAAUGUUUGCUGGAGCGUUCGGGCGAAUAUAUUUCGGUAUCGCGUGACAGCGGCUUAAGGCGCUAAAAUAGAGUCCGUAGAGCGCGAGUGUGGUCGGUUGGCGGAACGCGGCUACGCAUUUAGUCUUUAACUGGAAGCAUCCGCGGGCGGAGCAACAGCCUUCGACUCCGUGCGAAAACGCAUCGAGUUCUCCUAUCGAACAAAUUUCUCAAAACCACGUUCCCAACGAAACCGUGAACCGACUCUCUGCCGUGGAACGAUCGUGUGAGAGAGGACGACGUUCCGUUCGGCAGGAUGCAACAAGUGCAUCGAGGCAAAGAGAGAGAGAGAUAGAGAUAGAGAUCGAAAAAGGCACAUCCCCCGCUGAUUAUCUUUGCGAUCAGCCACGGAACGAAAGGAUGCAAAGUCCGUGAGUUUAUUAUCAUCUCACGAACAGUCGAAAGAAAAGAAUCUUCGCCGCAUUUCUAUCGUGUCGAAACGAGGACGAAAGACGAGGUAUUUGACGGGAGAUGUUUUUGGUUGGAUGUUUUCCAGUUUGAUGCGUCGGAUCGGGCCGACGGGGAUCGAAAAGAAUUCGGAGAGGGGACGGUCGCGGGUAUAGCGGAGAAUCCAGGCGGGACGAAGGGGGAGGUGAGGGAGAAUUUGGCCCGCGCGUGGAAUGGAAAUGAAAAGGGAGGAGCCUCGACCGGAUGAAAUCGAGGAAAAUCCGUUUCUCUGGAUCGUAUGCAAAACGGGCGCCCCCCGUGUAAUAAUAACGAGCUUUCACGCUGUCGCACGAUACUGCGCCGAUCAGAUGCCAAAGAAAAUGAGCCUGGGCUUCCUUCGAACGCUUGCCGCCCUCCUGGUAAUAGUGAUGCCCCGAUCGCUCACUUACGUUCUCCUGUAUCCGAUUUUCAGAUUAGUGUUCGGCAAUUUGUACCCGGCCUACGCUUCUUACAAGGCGGUCAGGACGAAGAACGUGAAAGAAUACGUGAAAUGGAUGAUGUACUGGAUCGUGUUCGCGCUGUUCACGUGCGCGGAAACCUUCACCGACGUCUUCUUCAGCUUUUGGUUCCCAUUUUACUACGAGAUCAAGACUAUCCUGGUGAUCUGGCUGCUGAGUCCGGCCACCAAAGGCUCGAGCAUCCUUUACAGACGUUUCGUGCAUCCGGCGUUGAUCCAACGCGAGGCUGAGAUCGACGAAGCUCUGGCCCGCGCGACGGAGCAGGGCUACACGGCGGUGUUGCACCUGGGCUCCAAAGGUGUGAAUUACGCCACCACUGUUCUCAUGCAAACAGCUAUCAAGGGCGGUGGCGGUUUGGUUCAGCAUUUGAAGAAGAGCUACAGCCUGAGCGACCUGACCGGCGAGAAGGAGGACGAGAAUAGAAACACGCCGCACAUGCACGACGAGACGGACAUGGAAGUGGAACCUCGUCGAAGAGAGCACGUAGGGAGAAGAGGGUACAGCCCUCGUCGGACGCAGUCGAGCAGCAAUCGCGUGGAGAUGUACUUUUCCGAGGUGGACGUGGACGUUAGACAACCGCGGUCCAGAGAGCCGACAACCAGCUUAACCAACAUAAGGUCCUCGGACGACAUAUCGAGCGGAUACAGCAGCGGGGAGGCGCUACAAUCUAGCCGCACAUCUCAAGGCGACUCGUUGGUCCGGACGUCGAGCGUCGGCGCAAGAACACGGGCAAAACCUCGCUCCGCGACGAAGAAGACCCCAGAGGACUCGGGAGAGGAUUCCGACAGCAUCGAUCCUCCCUCCUCCAAAAAUAUCUCAUUUCCGCCACCUUUAAAUCUCGUCACUCCCGAGCAAGCACUCGAGAUCUUGCUUCUGCUCUCGCAAAACCGUAAUGUCGCUGAUUAUAUCAAUUUCGAUCGUGGCCCCGUUGUCCCAGGUAACGACGAUUUACUUAAAGACACCAGUCAAUCAGGCCCGGAACUAGGGAGAAAAGAAUCACGAGAAAGUGUCGAUAACCCGUCAGAUCAUUCUGUGCCGGCCGCACAGCUUCCAAUGGUCGAGGCGGCGGCCGAUCCCGAACGUUCGUUAACGGUAAGGGAAGCGAACACUCGCGACGAAACGCGUGAAAGGGGAAACGAGACCUCCUCUUCCCAACAGCAAUCGACCACGGUGACGGACGAACUCUGCGAAAACAAGUUCGAGGAGCUGAAGCAACUUUUGAGCGACGCCCGCAGAGCCGCCAACGAUAUCGUCCACAGCCAGGAGAGGUCGCGGCUAAGCGACGCGGGGAUCGUGGAGAACGCGGAUGACAAAACGGCGCGUUUGGAAGAGGAAACGAAGGGGCGGGCCGGAAAGUACAACAAGAGGCCGGCGCCUAAAGCGCCUCUGGCGGGGGACGAGGAGGAGGAUGGCAGGAGCGCGUUGAAAGCCACGCUGAUAACAAGCUUCGCUACUCUCCCUCGCAGCAAGAAGACAAGUAAGAAGAAAGUGGCAUGAAAUUUGGAAACUGUUGCUGAUCGCAUCAAGGAAUAAGAUCAACCGGUUUUCUUUCCGUUCCAUACGAUUUAUUUGAGCGCGUUGGCUACGUAUGCAGCGUUAAGAAACGAUCAGCAGCAGCGAAACAAGAAGAAGAAGAAGGCACGAAAAUGCAUAAAAGAAUCGCGACAUCGCUCGUGUUACAAUAUAUCCUUUGUACAUACAUAUAUAGUUCACGUAUAAUUUCAAUUUCAAUUUGGAAAACGAGAUUCUCAUAUAAUACCGAGCACCUAGUUAAGUAGACAUGCGAGUGACACACCUUUAUCGAUCGAUCGAUAAGUUUCCAUUAACGCAACAACAAUUAACAAUGAUAGAUUAAAAAGGAGAGGAAGAAAAAAAACAAUUCGUUCGUGACGGAUGUGUAACACCGUUGCUCACGGUCAUCUCAAAGAUUCCCACAUUUUCUUUUUCUUUCUUUCAUUGCGUGUCCCGAGACUCGUGCGUAACGUUGUUUAUAUGAGUAGUAUUACCGAUAGUAGUUCGAUCGAGUUUUAUAUAUAUAUAUAUAUAUAUAUUAUAUGUUUACCGUUUAAAGAUCUGGUGCUUUUUGCACACCAUCUUUGCUUAUGAUCAUGCAUAGAUUUAUUAACGGAACUCGCGAUUAAUCGCAAUACAUUGAGAUUCGAAAUCGCAUUGGAAUCUCAUUUCUAAGCUUUUCUAAACCAUAGUUCUGAUAUUUUGUAAAACGAUCUUAGUGAGAGAGAGAGAGAGGAGUAAAAGUUCCGACGUACACGCGCCAAGAAUGAAGCGUGUGACAAUUCCAUAUACGAUAUAAUACGAGAAAGGAUUAAAUGAAUUGUACGAAAUCUAGUCAUCGAGCAAAACGUACUCGGGCAACUUUCGAACAGUGCCAUUUAAAAACGUUCAAUGAUAAUUUGUCUGUAUAUGUUACUAUAUAAAUAUAGUAACGGUGUGCGGUGAGUAACUAAAAAUAAAAUGUAUAGAACGAAUCAUCGCACUUUUUCACGAAAAAAAGAAAAAUAGAGAGAGAGAGAGAGAAAUUAGAAUUCAAAAGCGCUGCAUAUGUUUAUAAACUGCAAUGAUAACUGUAGAUAGAUUUAUAAGAUCCCGUUAAAGACCAGCGACUGUAAUUCUGUAAUUAUGAAAACAUUACUUAAGACGUAACAUGUACUAUUCGCUUUUGUGUACGUUCGUUCAAACAGUUUCGACUGUUAACUCUUACACUCCCUUUGUAAUCUAACUUUUACUUGGAAAAAGAUCUCGAGGAACAGUAACGAUAAUAAAAAUAUGGAAUUGAAUCGGAUACAUAUGCCGGGGAAAUUUUAAUUUCAAAUUAUGAUUUUCAUAUGGCAAACCAUCAUUUCUGCUUUGAAAUGAGGUAAGAAAAAUUUCUGUUUUUAAUUCUUCUUUUAACUCGUUCAACAUUGAAAUAUUAAUUUUUCCAACGAAACGAGUUUUCACUUGUGAAUGUAUUUUACUCUCGCCUUGUAAUCGUUUGUCUAUUUAUGACUCUCUGCGCGCACGGUACCGAACAGAAAAUUCACGCACAAAUGCAACGUGACUGUUUCAAAAGAAUCGUAGGAAAAUUGCAAACGCUAUCGAAUUCAUGGAUAAAUAAUUUAUCCGUGCUAUUCAAUCAAAAAGUAAGGGUAAGGGCGUAAUAUAUUAUCGAUCGAAAAUUGAAAAUUCAUUGUACAAAUGUAAUUGUCGUUGAUUUGGCGUAAAGAUACUUUACGAUGAAAGUCUCGCCACAAAAUGCGGCUAAUGCGAUCAAUUUUCUUUUCUCUUUUAAAUUCAACAAUCGGAGGAAGCAGAUGGAGAUAAACUUGAAAAUUUUUAUUCGUAUGAUGUAAUGUAAAAUUUUUCUUGACACGUCGAUAUUUGCAUUCGCUGCAUUUUCUUUUUUUUUUUUUUUCUCGAAUAAAUUCGUAAUCUACGAUGUAUCGUUAAUUCUUAGCUAUCUUGAUACUUUUGGCUGCGAUUAUUACGUUUGCAGGAGUAGACGAGAACAUGCUCAAUCUUAGGAAUUUUUGCUCGUACUUUAUGGAAGAGAAUUAGUUGUGAACUGUUACAUUAUCUCCAUGUUGUUCGAGCUUUCUUCUGUAUAAUUAUUACGAUAAGCCUUUUUGGUGCAUCGAUCGUGCAUCGCAACAUUGUAUGGUGCUGCAAACUUUUUAUGUUAUUUCGCGAUUAUUAUGCAUCUUGGCAUCGCGAGGAAAAAAAAAAUGUGAUUUGAAUAUUGAAAAAGGAUAUACCGGAAAUAUUGCGAAGGAUGAUGGAGAUAGAUCGGUCAACAGCAUUUUGGUUUAAGUAUGUCUGUAGUCAAUAAAGUGAGAUUAAAACAUUA